AGGAUACAAAAAUAAGAAAAAAAUAAAUAAAAAAAUAAAAAAAAUAAAAAAAGAAGAAAAUAAAAAAAGUUAUCCGAUGGAAUAAAUAUUCAUGAUCGGUUUUUGCCAGCCGAGUGAGAAUCGACUUUGUUGGCUGAGACCGCCCUCGAUGGCGGCAUUGUCGCUUAGUGUGGACCCCUAUAGAAUCAGAGCUACGGGGCAGUCAAAUGUCUCGUAAAGGAGUUCCCUCCGCUUCUAAGUCAAAACAAGUCCCGCGAAUCUUUCGUAACCGUCGAGCCCCAUCGUUCGCUCGUGUUUGGACUCACGUGGACGUAGGUAUUGGUUCAAUUACAUCUGAACAAAACGAUACGAAUUCUCUAACGUCUUCUCCGGACGAUAGGAAAAGACGAAUCGACGAUAAAAAAGGAAAAGUGAAAGCAAGAAAUAACGAGGAAACGAUCGGUUAUACCGAAAAGGUUUGGUGUUUAGAUUAUUCGUCGAUUCACAACGGUGUUCUUACAGAUAGUGGUGUUGAUUUAAUCGAAAAGACAACAGACGUUGAGACAGUUGCCGACAUCGAGAAAUGGUUGAAAACACGAACCGAGUCCGUGUCAAGCAUGGACUUAGACGUUAUCAAGUCGGAGGUAGAAGAAGGCGUCGAAAGAUAUUUAAACAACGAAUUGCCACACUCUUUCCUGGGAAAGGAUCCUGAUGCACUCUCUAUAGAUAUAGAUUUGUCCGAUAAAAAACUUAACCUUAGUUAUGAGCAUUCCAUACUUCAAGAACUUCAGACUGAGAAACUGUUGGAGGUCUGUGAAAAGGAUGAUGAAUUCAUAUUGCCUGAAUUUAGAUUGGAUCAACUUGAUCCUUUAUCUCUUUCACCUGACGAUAUGAUGGUAGCUGGAGAAAUUUUACCAUCCACCAGUGUUCCAACAUCUUUGAAUGCACCCAAUGAACAUCUAACUGAUACAUCUAUUCAGUCAGAAGAAGGUGUCCAAUUGAUAGGCGAAGGAGAAGAAACAGAAAAUCAUACUUCGGCGGAUGAUUCUGUAGAAAUGGCAGAUUUACCUAUCGAUUUUGAAAACAUUAAUGUUAUGCAAGAAACUUCGGGAUCUAAUAAUAUCGUUUCCUCUCCCAAAAGUACAUCAAAUUCUUUUACAGAUGUACUUAAUAAUGAUAAUGUUAUAGAAAAUACAACAGGUAUUAUUAAUAUAGCUAACUCGGGCAAUAUAAUUAUGGAACAAUUGAAAUCAAAGGCACGAAUAAAAUUGGAACCAAGGAUUAUCAAAAAGCGUAGAAGAUUAUCCGAAAAAUUUGAUAAAAAAGUAGAAUCAAAAGAAGGCGUAAUGGCUGUUGUUGCUAUAUCAACCGACAAAAUUUCUAAUAUGACGCAAAUUGUUAUUAAUACUGGUACAGAGGAACAAAUAUAUCAGGGUAAAACGUCAGAAUUGAUUGAAGCUACCGGAAAUUUUCCAAAACUGCCAAGAAUAGAUACUUCCUCUGGUUGGACUGGAACUUCCGAGUGUAAUUCUGAAAUGAAUCCAAGCAGUCAACAUGAAAUGAUAAUAUCUAAUGCUUUAGCAGAAUUAGGCGUUACAGAUGACAAUUUGCAACCUGUUUCAAUAAGUGAGCACGGGAAACUGUGGUUAUGUCCACGAGAAGAUUGCAAUAGACAAUUUAGUAGACUUUAUGCUUUAAAAGGACACUUGCUAGCACAUUACGGAGUAAGACCAUUUAAGUGCGACUACGAGGGAUGUACAUGGGCAUUUUAUUCAGAAUUUAAAUUAAAACGACAUAAAGAAACUCAUUCAAAACGUAAGGAUUAUGUUUGUAAAGUAGAAGGUUGCAAUAGAAGAUUUACUACCAUAUAUAAUUUAUGGAGUCAUGAGAAAUUACAUAGUCGUCCAAAUAGAAUCACUUGCCAAGUACCAAAUUGUCAAGAAAAAUUUCAAACUAAAAGAGCACUUGAAUUGCAUAUGAAAUCACAUGAUCAGAGUCAUGCUCCUUAUGUUUGUAAGCAUGAAGGUUGUGGUAAAAGGUAUUAUAGUAGUAAUGCAUUAACAUCACAUCAAAGGUGUCACAGUUAUAAAGAAAUUGAUGUAAAGUGUUCAUGGCCUGGAUGUGGUAAGGUAUUUGAUAAACCGUGUAGACUCAAAGCACACAUACGUUCUCAUACUGGGUGUAAGCCAUAUCUUUGCACUUUUCAAGGCUGUCAGUGGGCUUUUUCAUCAUCCAGUAAGUUGAAAAGGCAUCAAAAAAAACAUACUAAUGAACGGAAAUUUAUAUGUGAUGUUGCUUCCUGUGGAAAAGCAUUUAUGAGGUCUGAGCAUCUUAAAGAACAUAGAUUGACGCACAAGGAAGGGAGGUACUUUCAAUGUUACAUAUGCAAUACACAAUUUUCUGCAAAAAGUAGUUUAUAUGUACACAUUAAGAAACAUCAAAAUAAAGAAGACAUAGAAAGAAAUUCACGCGAAUCUUCAAAUAGUCAAAAACGUGUUAAAACAACAGAAUCUCAUUGUUCUAGAGUAAAUCCUGUUAUAAAAUUGAAAAAAAAAUCUAUAGAAUUUAACGAAGAACUUAUUUCCCAGAAUGCUUCUGUACCAGUAUUGUCUCAACCAUGUGAAUCAAGUUUAAAUAAUGGCAGUGAAAAUCAAAGUUUAGAAGUUAUAACACAUCAAAAUGAAAUAAAAACUUUAUAUCAUUGUCCUGUAGAGACAUGUACAAGAUCAUAUAGUACAAAAGCUACAUUAAGAGCGCACAUGUCGAAAAUACAUGGUACACCUAUUGGAGAUUGUGAUAAAUCAUUAAAAAGUAGACUUACAGACAUUACAACUGCUAAUACGGACUACAUUUUAUAUGCUACACCUUCUUCAACAUCAGAAACCACAGAACAAAUGAUCAUGGUAACACCUUGCGAUGCUGUUAUCGUUAGCGCAUCUUCGGAAAUGAAUUCUUUGCCUGAAACGCAACCACCUCUCUUAAGCACAGUGCUAAGAAAUGAUUCUAUCCAUGAAAAUGCAAUGAAUGAACAAUUAUUGCAAUCAAAUCUUAGAAAAGAUCAUGGCUCUGCAAGGACCAGUUUAACAUUUUCAGAUGUGUGGAAAUUAAAAACAAAUAGUGCAACAAUGAACUCUGUUGCAGGAGCAUCGGAUGUUAUAUUAGGUGCAAGUGACAUGGAAGAAGAAUUAUUGUUUACUGAAGAAUUACCAUCAAUGUAUUAUCAAGAUGAUGUGGGAGGAACAGAAUAUCAAGUUUUAUUACUUGACUCAGGACCAUCAGAAAGUGCUGUAAAUUUGCGUGGUCUUGAAUAAUGUGUUAAAUGUUUCAAUAUUACUAAAAAAAAAAAAAAAAAAAAAAAAUGGUCACUAUUAUUUUAAGUAUAGUGUAGAAUUGAAUAUGGUCUGUGAUUGAGGGCCAUUUUGAGCCCACGAUUUAUUUGUAUAACAGUCCAUAAUUGCUUUACACAUCGUUAUUUUAUUAAUAAAUUGUUGAUAUUUUUUCAUAAAAA